AUGGCAGACACAGCACCGGCUCCAACAACCGCGUCUGCAACCACCGGAGCCGCGCCGCCCACAACCAGCGCAACAGCAGGGGCACCGAAUGCGCCUGCGGAUCAGAAUGCCGCGAGUCGCGGGUUACCGUACUACGAGAAACUGCGCCGCGAGCUGAGGGACACACUACAGAAAAAGCGAUUAAUGGAUAAGAGCAUGUCUCAACUCGAAGACCAAAUCUUCCGCUUCGAACAAUCAUACCUGGAAGAAACCACCGCUGGGAACAUCAUCAAGGGCUUCGACAAUUACAUCAAAGGCUCCGCGAAUGGGUCGAGUCUCGGCGCUGCGGGACUGGGUCUGGGCGGCAGCAUGGGCGGGUCGAGGCGAAAGGCGCAGGUGACGGAAUCAGAUCGAGUUUUCUCGCGGAGUUCGGCGAGUUACAUGCUGGCACUAACGAUUGUUGUGUCUACACAGGAUUCCCCAGGCCCCUCCUCUGUACAAACAACGCCUUCCCACGCAGCAACGCCGACGUCUACGACUGGCGGAAACAGCAUGUCUAUGAAGAUUGACCCACUGUCCGCCUCCAUUUCUGGCAGCGGGAUGAAGAACCCGAAUGGCUCAUCGAAAAACAAGAAGAAGGCGACUGGUGGAUCAAAGAAUACGAAGGGCAAGAACCAGACCGAGGAUAUUUCUGACGAGGACAAGCCUUCUGUUAAGCGAUUGAAGAUUAGUUACGGGAGAGAUUGA